CUGUACGAGUGCAACCUUCACAUCUGGUUUCAGGCUGACACUCUGGCCGAGAUUGACAUAAGCGAAGUACGAAAAUGUGGAGAAAAAGCGGAUGCGAGGCAGUUCGAAUUGCUCAAGGUACUCGGCCAAGGCUCGUUUGGGAAAGUGUUUCUCGUGAGGAAAAUCCGCGGACGUGACACCGGGCACAUCUAUGCGAUGAAGGUACUGAAGAAGGCCACACUGAAAGUACGUGAUCGAUUGCGGACGAAAAUGGAACGCAAUAUCUUAGCACACAUUUCACAUCCAUUCAUCGUCAAAUUGCACUACGCAUUCCAAACCGAGGGCAAACUCUACCUAAUUCUGGACUUUUUACGAGGUGGUGAUCUGUUCACGCGGCUGUCGAAGGAGGUCAUGUUCACGGAGGAGGAUGUGAAGUUCUACCUGGCCGAGUUGACGUUAGCAUUGGAGCACCUUCAUUCACUCGGUAUUGUCUAUCGGGAUUUGAAGCCGGAAAACAUUCUCUUGGACGCUGACGGCCACAUUAAAGUGACCGAUUUCGGCCUCAGCAAAGAAUCGAUCGACAAUGAGAAGAAGACCUAUAGUUUUUGUGGAACGAUCGAGUAUAUGGCACCAGAGGUGAUAAAUCGACGAGGCCAUUCAUGCGCCGCUGACUUCUGGUCGUUGGGUGUUUUGAUGGUAAGUCGAUCUUAA